GAGAGAGAGAGAGAGAGAGAGAGAGAGAGAUGGAAGGAAAGGAAGAAGACGUGAGAGUGGGAGCGAACAAGUUCCCGGAGAGGCAACCGAUCGGGACAUCGGCGCAGACGGACAAGGACUACAAGGAGCCGCCGCCGGCGCCGCUGUUCGAGCCGGGAGAGCUGUCGUCGUGGUCGUUCUGGAGAGCGGGAAUCGCCGAGUUCAUCGCCACUUUCCUCUUCCUCUACGUCACCGUCUUGACCGUCAUGGGCGUCAAAAGGUCUCCGAGCAUGUGUUCCUCCGUCGGAAUCCAAGGCAUCGCCUGGGCCUUCGGCGGUAUGAUCUUCGCCCUCGUCUACUGCACCGCUGGUAUCUCCGGUGGACACAUCAACCCGGCAGUGACGUUCGGUCUGUUCUUGGCCCGGAAGCUGUCGCUAACCAGAGCCGUGUACUACAUGGUGAUGCAAUGCUUGGGAGCCAUCUGUGGUGCUGGUGUGGUCAAGGGGUUCCAGCCAUCGCAGUACCAGAUUCAGGGGGGUGGAGCCAACACAGUGAACCACGGCUACACCAAGGGUGACGGCCUUGGAGCCGAGAUCAUCGGCACAUUCGUCCUCGUUUACACCGUCUUCUCUGCUACUGAUGCUAAGAGAAACGCCCGUGACUCUCACGUCCCCAUCCUGGCGCCGCUCCCAAUUGGAUUCGCGGUGUUCUUGGUUCACCUAGCGACCAUCCCGAUCACCGGCACAGGCAUCAACCCUGCUCGAAGUCUCGGAGCCGCAAUCAUCUACAACAAGGACCAUGCCUGGGACGACCACUGGAUCUUCUGGGUUGGACCCUUCAUCGGAGCGGCGCUUGCGGCUCUCUACCACCAAGUUGUCAUCAGAGCUAUCCCCUUUAAGAGCAGUAGCUGAAGAGAGAGACUUUGAGUUCUCUCUCUCUCUUCAGACAGUGUGGAUUGCAACUUAACUUUGUUUCUUGUUAGUUGCAUCUGCUGUUUGUUUAUCCACUCGUGUGUGUUACGUGUGAUUCUGCUACUUUGCCAAAGGAAUUCGAUGUAAACAAGAAAAAAAUCCAUACUAUAUCCUUCAAAUGCGAUCGCUCUAUCCUCGACGUGUCA